AUGGCAACCGGACGAAGAAAAGAAUUCCUUUGCAUCCUUCCCGACAAUCCAAAUGUGCUAGCCAUCAGAAAACAAGUUAAAGGGCUACUAACAUUGACUAGAGUCCACUACGACGGAGUCAAGCCAUUAGUGACCGCCGGAAAGCUCGUCGCGGGAGGUGCCAUAUUUGAGCAACACCCCGAAGAGGGCAAGGAUGCCCUGUUCAAGGGUAGCGUGAUCGUGUACUCGGGCAAUAGUGCUGAAGAAGUCCGCGCCAUUCUCGAGAAAGAUGUUUAUGCCACUAGUGGUGUGUGGGACUUGAGCAAAGCACAGAUUUUCCCUUAUGUCCCAGCCGUUCGAGAGCCGCUUCCAUGA